AUGUACACAUCUAAUGGAACCCUAGUCCAUCUGCUAUUGGGCCCGAUCCACACCUCUAUUCCCGACCCGCGCAGUCAAGUGAGCCUUAACUCACGAGUUGAUCAGCUUAGACAAAGGGUUGAUGACCAAAACAAUUUAAUUAGCCAGCUACUCAGGCAGAUCAACUUGAGUCAAGACCUUGGAGCCCACGACGAGGAGAGAAGGAUCCGUGAGCAUACCGACGAGUAUUUUGAGGGAUCUCAGACUAGUCAGUCAGAGACAAACUGGCAGGGGAGAGAACGAGAUCGUGCUGAUGAGACGCAGACAUCUUCAAGCUGUACUCUGAGCCGAUCGACGAUCCAUUCAAGACUACGCUCACAGGAGGCACGAGCCCGUGAACUAUUGCGUGAUGAACGCAACGACCGACGUUCACUAACCCGUUUGAGAACCAACUCGCGGCGACAACUCAUGGAGGAAUCUUCGCAAGCUCAAUCCACCAAUCUGCCUCACGGGCAGGGCAAACGAAGGAGGUCAACCUCUUCAAGUCGACGAGGAAGUCAACCAUCCCUGCUUGAAUCACGAGGGUCGCCAAAGUGA